AUGGCACAAGAAGAAGGAUCAGGAAACCGCAGCCUCUUGCGCAGGUUGAUUGAAGCCGUGCUUGAUCGCAAUGAGCAAAAGUUUCCCCCCAUGAUGGCCCACGCGACUGCUGCCCAGGCAAGGAACAAUGCCGACCUUGAGGCAGGGAAGCAGUGGAACACCGCGAGAAGCGAUCCUGAGGCUCUCAUCCCGACGAACGACAAGCUUCUCAUCUUCCGUGCUUUGACUGGCAUCGACAGCGUCCCAGCCCUCACCCAAGGCGGGCAUCUCCUCCGUAGCGCACCUAACGUGGGUAUCUACACUCGUGUCGUUCGCAACGAGGGCACGGCCAAACGCGCCUAUACCAUCUUCAACUGGCUCAUCAACAUUUGUCUGAGUAUCCAGAUUGUUGUGGCCGCAGCUGUCACUGCCGUCGGUGCAGCCAGCGGCCCUCACGCCGCCGUCACUGCCUUCGGUGCCAUCAACACGAUCAUGGCUGGUAUCUUGACCUAUCUGCGUGGUACCGGUCUGCCAGACACCAUGAAGGCCUACGAGAACAAGUGGAAGCGUAUCCGUGAAUACAUCGAGCAACGGGAACGUGAAUUCUGUUUGGUGGGAUGCGACCUUGAUGUGCAAGAAGAAGUGUUUAUCGUGGAAAGCAUGUACCAAAGCCUCAGAGCGGAAAUGGAGACAUCGCGCAACAGCGGCGACACCAAGGCCGUGCAGCCGGAUGACCCUCGCAUUCGUCGCUCGCUUCUCCCAGCCCACAACGAGCUCAGUGGCCACCAUCCGGAUCAGACCAUCACCAGGCGCUCAGAAGCUCUCUCUCCCAGCGGCACGUCGCACAUCCGCGACGAAAGGGAAGCACCUGUCAGCCCGGUUGCUAUCCCGGAACGCGUCCUGGAUAAGCAAUAG